UUCUAAGAUAAUUAAAGUAAAAUGUCUAUUCCUGAGUGGUUAACUAAAAAUUAUAUAGAGGAAGUCUUGAAAGUCUAUCACAAAGAUUUGACAUUAAAAAUAGAAACAUUUGAUAUAAAACCAGCAUUAGGUAAAGGUGAAAAUUAUGGUGGUUAUUUGACAAAAGCCCAUGUGGUAUACAACUUAAAUAAUGGUGAACAACAAAAAGAAAAUCACUUCAUCUGUAAGACCUCAUAUGAAGAAGAUGAAUUUGCUAAGGAAAAAAUGGAACCUUAUGAUAUUUUCAAUCGUGAAAUGUCAUUAUAUGAACAAGUCUUACCAAAAAUGAAUAAUUUACUCAAAGAAAUCAAUGAUACAGAUCGGCUAUAUCCCACUGCCUUUCAUGUGGAUUACAAGAGACAGGCUCUUAUAUUUGAAGAUCUAACUGUGGAAGGUUUUGUUAUGGCUGAUCGUAUAGAGAGAUUAGAUAUGGAGCAUGUAAAAUUGGUUCUACGUAAAUUGUCUAAAAUGCAUGCUACUUCGGCAGUUUUAAAUGAACGUGAGGGAGGUAGAUUGGAAAAAUAUGAUCGUGGUUUUUUUAACCAAUAUACCGAUACUUAUAAAACCUAUUUUGUGAAUACAUUUUUAUGUUGUGCUCGUUAUUUGCAAAAAUUAAAUGAUGCUGAUUCUCGUAAAUAUGCUGAGAAAAUGUUUGCCUUAGAACCUCAUUACAUGGAUAUAGGCAAGCGUUGUUUUGCGCCCACAAAUGGUCAUGUGAAUGUUUUGGCUCAUGGUGAUGUCUGGACUAAUAAUGUUAUGUUUAAGUAUUGUAGUAAAACUGGAAAACCUAUAGAUGUUUUACUUAUUGAUUUUCAAUAUUCAUUUUGGGGAUCUCCUACUUUGGAUUUACAUCACUUUUUUAAUACAUCUAUUAAAGAACCCCUAAGACGUUAUCAUCAAGAUGAUUUGUUUCAAAUCUAUCAUCAACAAUUUACAGAUACUUUGAGAAAAUUGAAGUAUAAUUCGAAUCCUAUACCCAGUUUGAAACAAUUUAGGUUACAUGCCGAACAGAAGAGAUUUUUUGCCGUUCACUCUUCUCUGGUCAUUCAACCUGUGAUGCUUAAUCAAGACCCUACAGAUGCUGAUUACAAUUCCUUAAUGGGUGAAGAUGAUCGCUCCAUGAAUUUUAAAAGUCGUUUAUAUAAUAAUCCCGUAAUUCAGGAAAAUUUAAAAAAUCUUUUGCCAAUAUUUGAUCGAAGGGGACUUUUGGAAAUCAAUCAAUAAAUUGUUAUUUAAAUAUAAAUAAAAGUUUUAAGUUUGUCUGGACUUUUUAUUCAUAUGACUUCAAGACACACUUUAUUUUAACGUA